AUGUAUGGAUCCGCAGCGGAGCUUGCAGAAAGCUUGGAAUUCUGCGGAAAAUUCACUGGAAGUCAUGUUUUCUUCAAUGCAACAGCCAUCGACAAUGAUGCAUUUUCUGCGAGAAAGACGGCGUUUUUCACAGAACGACCGAUUGGACGACAAGAAGAAAGUACAUCAGAAGUGCAAUCUUCUGACGAUGAAGACGAAGAAGCGUCAUCAGAAUCGGGAACGGAAGAAGAGAAAAGAGAUAAAUACGAUUGGAAGUUCUGGGAGUGCUUCUGGUUUUCUGCUUCCGACAACUUUUCUUCUCGCGUGUUUGGAUCAUCAUUCUCCAAUUCAUCGCCGCGAAUUACGCUGGUGAACGAAUCAGAACAGAAGCAUUCAAGUUGGCGGAUAGAUUUAUUGAACCAGGCCAAUCACUUCUCGCAGAUGUCGUCGUCCGUCGUGGACUACUCGGACUUCGCCGCUGGGAUGCACAACAGUUUCUGUGAACCUGAACAUUCUCGUUGCACUCUUUUCAUUUUUACCGUCUUACUCGGUCUUUUCGUGCUCUUCAUUUUCUUCGGACCCUACGUCAUCAUGGCCAAUUCGGUUGCUGAGGAGUUCUGUGAGGCUGAUCCACAUCAGAAGGAGCUGGUUGCAAAUGUGAAGAGACAUAUCAGAAUGUCACCGAAAAUCAUCACGAUCGUCGACGCGUGGGAGAAGACAACUUGGUGUUGA